AAACGGACUGUGUAUCUCGUUCAUUUACUUUUUGGUCGCUGACGAGACAAGCAGUGUAUUUCAAUAAUAUCGACGCUUUGGAAUUAGCAACGAAGAAAAUAUAACAAACUCAAACAUGGCUGAUGAAUGGGAUGAUGAAGUUGUUCCGGCAACAAAGCCAAUAACCAAUGUAAAUACGGCAAAGUACAAACAGAGCCAAAAUGAUGGUUGGGAUGACGAUUCAUCUGCUCCAGCAAAACCAACCAACAAUAAUCGCAGUCAAGGCUACUCAAAUUCGAAGACAAAUGACGACGGUUGGAACGAUGAUCCAAAGCCGAACAACCGAAGCAACAAUAACGGUUGGUCUGGUGGUGCCAAGAAAGAAGAUGACGGCUGGAACGAUGAACCAGCCCAGAGCAAAAGCAAUGGCUGGAAUGGUGGAAAGAGCAGUAACGACGAUGGAUGGGGUAAUGACAACGACUCAUCGACCAAGAAACCAUUUGGCAACCGAAGUAACAAUGAUCGUGGUCCACGCAAACCCGAUUGGAUUUGCAGCGAAUGUAGUGCAAAGGUUUUCGGUUCAAGAAGCAGCUGCUUCAAAUGUAAUGCUGAUAAGGGAGAUUCAAAAGAUGCACCAGAUGAUGGAAACUCGCGAGGCGGUCGGCCUAGCGACUGGAUUUGCAGCGAAUGUAGUGCAAAGGUGUUCGGCUCAAGAAGCAGCUGCUUCAAAUGUAAUGCUGAUAAGGGGGAUUCAAAAGAUGCACCACCAGAUGAUGGAAACUCGCGAGGUGGUCGGCCUAGUGACUGGAUUUGCAAUGACUGCAAUGCCAGAGUCUUUGGUAAUAAAACAUCGUGCUUUAAGUGUAACGCCGACAAAGGUGACUCGAAAGACGCACCUCCAGAUGAUGGCAAAUCUUCCCGAGGCGGUCGCGCGAAGGAUUGGAUCUGCGACAAUUGCCAAGCAAAGGUGUAUGGCUCUAAAACAACAUGUUUUAAGUGUCAAUCAGAUAAAGGCGAUUCAAAGGACGCCCCAGAAGAUGGCGAUGAUAGCAAGUCUGGAGAUGGUGGUGGUCGCAGCGGUGGCCGUCCAGGUGAUUGGACAUGCACUUGUGGUGUUUCUAACUAUGCAUCGCGAAGCGAAUGUUUCAAGUGCAACGAAGCAAAACCAGAAGGUGCCGGCGGCGGUGAUGCCAAAUUCAACAAUGAGGCAAACAAGGAAUUUUAUAUUCCAACCGAAAUUCAGGAAGGCGACUUGUUCAGCGCUGGUAUCUCGAGCGGAAUAAAUUUCGCAAAGUAUAAGGACAUCCCUGUCAAGGUGACAGAUAGUGUGCGCAAUCAGGCACCGAAGCCGGCAUCGUCGUUCAAGGAAUGUGGUUUAAAUGAUUUCUUGUUGAGCAACAUUGAGAGAUCGGGCUACACCGUACCAACACCGAUUCAACAAAAUGCCAUUCCAAUCAUCAAGGCCGGACGUGAUUUGAUGGCUUGUGCUCAAACCGGUAGCGGUAAAACUGCUGCCUUUUUGCUACCAAUGAUUAACGCACUAAUGGCUGACAAUGCUCCGCUGAAUAUUGGUCGGCCAUAUGUUGUCAUCGUGACGCCAACUCGUGAAUUGUGCACACAGAUUUAUAAUGAAGCACGUAAAUUUGCCCAAGGCAGCAUCAUCAAGUGUUGUCAAAUAUAUGGUGGAACUGCAACCCGACACCAGAACACCAACAUUAACAACGGUUGCCACAUUUUGGUUGCAACGCCAGGACGUUUGAAGGAUUUUUGUGACAAGACAUACAUCACCUUUGAAAAUUUGCAAUAUUUCGUACUUGAUGAAGCCGAUCGUAUGCUUGACAUGGGUUUUGCACCAGCCGUCGAAGAAAUUAUGCGAAUGCCAUCGAUGCCAGCAACUGGCAAACGUCAGACGCUCAUGUUUUCGGCAACAUUCCCCAAUGACAUCCAACGUUUGGCCGGAAAAUACUUGCACGAGUAUGUUUUCUUGACCGUUGGUAUCGUUGGCGGUGCAUGUCAGGACGUCGAACAAACCAUUUAUCAGGUGACCAAGUUUGAAAAACGUAACAAACUAAUGGAACUUUUGAAUGCCGAAGAUCCAAAAGGAACAAUGGUUUUCGUUGAAACCAAGCGUACCGCUGACUUUUUGGCGUCCUUUUUGUCCGAAUCGGAACAUCCGACAACAUCCAUUCACGGCGAUCGAAAGCAAUCGCAGCGUGAAGAGGCUCUUGCCGAUUUUAAAUCGGGCAAGAUGAAGGUCAUUAUCGCUACUAGCGUUGCUGCACGUGGUUUGGAUAUUCCAAAAGUGCGUCAUGUCAUUAACUAUGACAUUCCAAAAAGUAUUGAUGACUAUGUGCACCGCAUUGGUCGUACUGGCCGUGUCGGAAAUGUUGGCAAAGCCACAUCGUUCUUUGAUGCCGAGCAAGACUCGGAAAUCGUGUCAGACUUAGUUAAAAUUUUGGAAAAUGCCAAGCAAACAGUUCCAGAAUUUUUGGCAAGUGGUGGUGGCGGCGGCGGUGGCGGUAACUCCAGCUCAGGAUUUGGCGGUACUGAUUUCCGUAGUAAAUCAGCAGCUCCCCCCGCACACGGAGGCGGCGGCGAUGAUGAAGAAUGGUAGACAGUAUUCAUUCAAGGAAAACUUCUGUCAAAAAACAACGCAAGUGCCUCUGCAAAAAAAAAACAAAUUUACUUUUAUUCUUACUAUAUUUGUGAAUCUCACAGAUUUAGUGAUUAAUAUCACAUUAUUAUAAAUCUAGACAUAUUUUUUUAUAAUCGUUAAUUUUUAAAAAAAAAAAAAAAAAAACAAAUACCAUUUAAGACAUACGCUAUGAAAGUGUACUUAAAAAAAAUUAUGAUUAAAAUUAGAAUAUGAAAUUCUAUAAAACGUAUUAGUGUGAAAUCAAAAAA